CUCGUUUAGUAUUCCGCGCACAAGGCAAAGGAAGGGAGGGCAGAGAGUGAAAUAUAGAGGAAAAAACGAGGCUGUGAAGACAGGCGAAAACAGAGAAAGAGAGGAGGAAGAGGGGAGCGGAGAGACACCUCCUCUGUCCCUCUCGGUCUGCCCUUUGGCAUCCGUCUGUCCCAGAUCACACGCCAGACUGAUGGAGACCAUUAAUGCGCUGAUUAGGCAGGAAGAGGAGAAGCUAACGAACGAGUGUGGGUGAACAUCCUGACCCGAGUCUUGUCCUGAAUGACUUAUAGCUGUACUUGAGGCUUUGACUGAUUGAUGGAAUGACUGCGAAAGUGGCACCUCGCUGGAGAGAAACUAUCCACCUCACAAUGAAAGACCAAUGACAUUUUACAGACCUAAAAAGCAUGAAAGAACAGUCUAUCAGAAUGAUAGAUGGACGGUCCGCUCAAUAAGGAGGCAUCCCAUCGGAGAAAGAAACAUAGGUCUGAUUUCUUGAGGGACUUCACUGGUUUAGAGAGAGAAAAACACGCUGAUGAAAGAAGGCGAUCGGCAAAUCGAUUGAAAGAUCGAUAGAUUUGGCAACUCUUAACGGCAUUUUGCUGUUUUCGGCAGCAAAGGAGGAGUGGAUAGAAACACUUGGAGGAGGGUUGAGGCACAGAGAGCAAAAGAGAAGGAGAAAUAAAGCCACUGUAGAACAUUCCAGAAAUACAGCCGUGGACCACAAUCAACAUUACAGUUUGAAUGAAAAACGGGGAAAGACGCUGGAACGGUCUCAAAUUCAACUCUGACCCGAUGCUGCUUUAAGGACUUCGCCUGCGAAUACUCUCCUCUCCUCUACUCUCCCGACUGAUUGUUUAACUGAGAGUAAUAGCCCAGCAAAUCUAGGCUAUGCUUUCUGAACAACAGCCCUAAAUAUAGUACCACUGUUUAUUCAUUGAGGGAAAUACCAUUUAAUCUGGUCUUGACCUGCUUUACUAUGACAAGGACUCAGGGAUGUCAGUGUCAUUCUUCAUAAAAAAAGAGUCCAUGUUAUUAUUGAGAGGAGUGAUUGUGACCAAUGGGUUUCGAGGCCAUUAAAGGUUUCAAUUAACAGUCAUAAAGAGACCUUCACAGCUCCUUGUUGAAACGUUGUCCUUCAGAAUCCAAAAUAAGAACCUCCUGUUUUAUUGGAUCCCUACGGUAGAAAGUGGCCGUACACACGCUUUCCACUCAAGCGCCGUCCAAUUGGUGUGGACGGUGAGGGCUGCGCCGCGAUUGGCCGAGAGCAGGGUGGGUGUGCAAUGCGGAUUGGAGGAUGUCGGGGGACUGGGAAGACGACCUUUGUAAGAAGGCGUUGGUGCUGGUGGAGGAGCUUUGCUUCCGGUCUGGAGGCUUCAGCCAGAGUGAGAGCUGCCAAGAGUUCAGCUACAUGAUGAGAGGACCCAACAGACAGAUAAACACAGAGAUCUCCGUGAGUCUGCUCUCCGUCAUUGUAACGUUCUGUGGCAUCGUGCUGCUCUCUGUCUCUCUCUUCGUCUCCUGGAAGCUUUGCUGGUUGCCGUGGAGAGAUAAGGAAGGAGGAGGUCUGAGCUUGACGUCAGGGCUCCUGCCUGGUGGUGUCGGUUUGGGUGGGGUGGGGGGCGGAGGGGGCUCCUCUCUCCUCCCUCCCCUGUUGCAGAGGAAAGAUACACACUCCUCUUCCUCACUGUAUCCCACACUUCCCCAUGGUCAGCAUCACCCCCAUUUCUCUGACUCGAUGGGUGUGGAGGGUGGAGGAGGGCUGGUGGUGGGGGGUGUGGUUGGGGGUCCGCAGGAGAUGCAGGAGCAUUCCUACCUAGACAUGGACUCUUAUCCCAACAAUGCUGCAAACCUUAAGUUGAACCAGACAUCUCCUGAGUUGCCCCCGGCAACAGAAGCAGGCUCAGCUACGAAAGACCUGCCCAAUGCCCACUCGCAGCAGCAGGUCACCACCAGGCCUAAGACCAUUACUCACCAGCUCUCCAGUCCUGAUUUCCACGGUGAGGAGAAGAGUGAGCAGCUGACCAGCAUCGGGCAGAUCAAACCAGAACUCUACAGGCUGCGCCAAGGAGACCAGGGGGAUGGCAAACAGGGCGACACCUGCGGCAAAAUCAGCUUCCUCCUGCGCUACGCCUUCAACACGGAGCAGCUGGUGGUUAAGAUACUGAAAGCCCUCGACCUCCCGGCAAAAGACGCCAAUGGGUUCUCCGAUCCUUAUGUCAAGAUCUACUUACUGCCUGAUAGGAAGAAGAAAUUUCAGACUAAGGUGCACAGAAAAACUCUCAACCCUAUAUUUAACGAGACGUUCCAGUUCAGCGUGCCGCUGGCUGAGCUGCACUCGCGCAAGCUCCACUUCUCCGUCUACGACUUUGACCGUUUCUCCAGGCACGACCUCAUAGGGCAAGUGGUGGUGGAUAACCUGCUGGACUUCAGCGAGGGGACUGGAGAGAAGCCUAUUUGGAGAGACAUAGUGGAAGGAACCGCGGAGAAAGCUGACCUGGGAGAGCUGAACUUCUCACUGUGUUACCUGCCAACAGCCGGCCGAUUGACCGCCACCGUUAUUAAAGCCACCAAUCUGAAAGCCAUGGACCUCACAGGUUUCUCAGAUCCGUACGUCAAAGCGUCUCUGGUUUGUGAUGGUCGACGGCUGAAAAAGAGGAAGACGUCCAUAAAAAAGAAUACUCUUAAUCCUACGUAUAAUGAAGCUCUGGUCUUUGAUAUUCCUAAUGAGAACAUCGAGAACGUGUCGCUGAUCAUCGCUGUCAUGGAUUAUGACUGUAUCGGUCAUAAUGAGGUGAUCGGUAUGUGCCGUGUGGGCAGUGAUGCUGAUGGGCCGGGAAGAGAGCACUGGACAGCCAUGCUGGCAAAUCCCCGCAAACCUAUUGAACACUGGCACCAGCUGGUGGAGGAGAAAUCCAUAACUACAUUCGUGUCAAAGAGUGCCGCAGCCUCCCCUAAGCCAAACAUAGUGGUGGACAGCCCUCACUCUGAGUAGAGAUGUCAGCAUUAUCUUUUCAGCAACAGAAAUACAUUCUUUCUUUUCACCUGUGAAUAAUUGUUCAUCAAGACAGAACCAGAGAAGAGAGACUGUGCUUGUGUUAGUGCUUUUCCUCCCUGCAAACCCAACACAAUAUUAAGAGAUCCACCUAGACCUGGAACACACACACAUACAGACAACACAACCAUACAAACACUUGGAAUCAUAAUAAAACUCUGGCAUGGAUGGUAUUGCUUCAGGAGUGAUGUUAACGUCAAAAUAUGUAACGAUUUAUUCAGGGGAAAUAUGAUGAACAUUCCCACUUUAAAAAUAGAUGAUCUUUAUUUAGUUAUUUAAAACUGAGCCUAAAACAUUUUAAUUACUUAAAAAAAAAAGAAUCAGGCAAGAAACCUGAUCAAUUCUGGACCACGAAUGUGUGUGCGUAUGAGUGCAUGUGUGUGUGAGAGUUUGUACGGGUGUCUGUGCGUAGCUAUAAAAACAAAAAAUCUAUACAAAGUGUUUUCAGUCGGACAAGUAUUUGGAGUGGUCUUCUCUGCCAAUGCAGAACACUAGCAACUGUUUCCUAUAUCUCUGGAGAGGACUACUUUAUUACUGUACCCAUCUGGAGAAGGAGGAAUAAGGACGGACGCAUUGGCCAAUCACGUUGUGCAGUGUUGAAAUGUGUCCCUCUGUCUUUCGCAUUUUUAUCACCUUCUUCCUGCUUGGAACUCAUUGAGAUCAGCAAUUCAUUUUAUUUUGUUUAUUUACCAUUGUUGUUCUACCAGAUAAGAAAGGAACAGUUGGUACGUUUGCAAAUAUGUUUCCCCAACCCGGACGCACUGGCAAGUUGAAUUCCUUUGAGGACUCUUCCACGGAGCUAACAUUGAUUUCAAAUAUUGCCCGAGGACCCUGUCUAGGAUGGACCUUGGAUUGACGUGCACGUCCUGGGAAAAGAUUUGACCAUAGUAUUUUAUUUUUAUACCACGGCAGGAUUUUUUUGAGUUCUCUCAUUUCAAAAGAGGAAGCGCGUGCUCUACAUGACCCCUCUGCCAGGAGGACCGCUUCGGAAAGGCUCCUUCCCGUGUACCUUCGUGUUUGUGGGAGUAUUCUUUUGUGUCGAUAUGCAUUUGCUCGUCGGUUCGUGUGUGCGUGCGUAUGCCCGUGUGUCGUAUAUGUCACUGUGACCCCGUGUUUGCCACCAACGUCCUUUCUCCUGCACAGAGUUUUUGUUUUGAACAAUCAAAAUGUGUCGCCUGUCCUGUGUCUUAGAUGAACUAUUUCCUGUUGCACUAGAUAGGGACAGGGUGUAUUUCUCAGAUGCGGUCGUAGAAUGUGCUGUUGACCUGUCUCUGUUGUUUCCCUAACACUGAAAGUGUCCCUAGCCUGAUCUGUGUUCUCGUGUUGGGUGUUCUUAUUUCUUUUUUUUGGUAAAUGUGCUAUGUGUGUAAGAGGGGACAAACCUAUGGUGGCCAGGAAAUAAAUGUCGGACGUUUUUAAUUGUCUUUAAAAGAAAAAAGACUCUUCAUCUCUUUCGGCUGAGCAUUCCUUGCGAACAGAGAUAAAGAGGGAGACUUGUAGUCUUAUCUCAUUUUAGUGCCACGAGGGUCCCGACACGAAUUUUAUUUGACAUCUCUGUACAGUCCUUGUAUAUCAGAAUAGGCGCUUCUAAUAUAUCGACCAAGAACAGCUACAUUUAUCAGUUCACGUACCCUUGAUAUCCAGGUUCACUGCAGCUAUUAAUAUCGCAGUACAGCCACUGCCAAUGCUAUUGCACAUACCCCUAGACGGAGGAAUACUAAAUUACCAAUCACAAACACUCAUGAAAUGUAUAUCAGUAUAAUUAUUUUCCACGCCAGCCCCUGAGCUCAUAUUUUUACCAUUUCUAUUAUUAAUCACACAUCGGGCCAAGCUAUCAAGCUUGGACUCGCGCGCGCACACACACAAGCGCUGGUGUGUGCUCAGUCUCGAGUCCGUUAUCAUAUUUCACCUCUUGUUGUUUUCUAAGAGCCCAUUGAUUCCGUCAUACACGUAGAUGUGGUAUCGACCCACAGCCCCAUCCAGCUCCUGUCUGCAGCCCUGUGUCUGAGGACAACAAACACACUUCUGCUGCCUUAGAUCUUACACUGUGGAGGCACGUUCUCUGUAGAGUGAUCUUUGAACCCCUCUGUCGGCUUCCGCACUCACCUCUCGUUUUUACGAUACGUCCGUCUUUCAUUCUGUUUCUCUCUCUCUUUUUUUCAGCCUCGGCCUGUAUUUCUCUACGUUUGUCUCCCCUCUUUCCUCUGUCUCUCUGUGUCAGUGCAAUUCUGAAUGAUCCCGAGGAAAUGUGUUUGCAUGCUUAUAUUAACAUGGAUGAUGUCAACUUGAUGCAAUGAUAAUUUAAUAAGUGAUGCUCAACACAAAAUUUGACAAUGAACUUGAUACUAACAGUACUAAUGACAAACAUGUUGACCUGUUCAAUAUCAUUGAAACACUGACGAUCAGUGAUGUUGUUAAUAUUGUAUAUCCUCUUUGAAAUGGUAUUACAGUUUCUGGGUAUAUUUUUGUUUGUAUGUUGGUUCGUUUGCUUUUUUAGUUUUCUUCGAAAGGUUUACUUUUUUAUAUGUUCAGAGUAAGCUGAGAGCAAGAUGAAAAUGAAACGCAGUCAGGGCGAGAACAUUUCAGCUGAAAAAAAAGUGAAAACAAUACUGAAAAAAGCAAAAAAAAUAAAAAAAUCCCCCAAAAAACUGUUAGGAGGAUGAUUAUGUGAAUGAUUAAGAAGAUGAAUCUAAGGCUGGAGCAAUGAUGGCUGAAAUAAAACAUAUGUAUGAAAAUCA